UUGGCCUCAAUAACUUGACCACUUAGGUAGAUUUGUCCAAAAGAAUGUCAAAAAUGGAGGCAUCAUCAGCAUUAGGGGAAGCAAAACUUCCAUUGUUGGGAAAUAAUAUUGAUGAACAUGAAAGAGUGGCUUUAGUGAAAAGGGUUUGGAAUGAGUCCAAAAAACUUUGGCACAUAGCAGGCCCAUCAAUCUUCAACCGUGUUUCAAAUUAUACUAUGUUAGUCAUGACACAAAUCUUUGCUGGUCGCAUAGGUGAUGCUGAGUUGGCUGCUACUGCCAUUGCUAUAAAUGUUAUUUUGGGACUCGACUUCGGUAUCAUGUUAGGUAUGUCAAGUGCCUUGGAAACACUAUGUGGACAAGCUUUUGGUGCCAAACAAUACAAUAUGUUAGGCAUUUACAUGCAACGUUCAUGGGUUGUUCUUUUCAUCACUGGAUUUUUAGUUUUACCUAUGUUUAUUUUUACCACACCAAUCUUAAUGUUUUUUGGACAACCUUCAGAGAUAGCUGAGCUAGCUGGAGUGGUUACCAUGUGGCUAAUACCAAGUCACUUGACUUAUGCAUUUUAUUUGCCUUUGCAUUUCUUCUUGCAAAGCCAACUCAAAAAUAGGGUCAUUGGUUAUGUGUCUUUUGUUGCUUUAUUGGUUCAUACUUUUCUUUGUUGGUUGGUUGUGAUCAAGCUUAAGCUUGGAUUGGCUGCCCUUAUUGGUUUUGGAAAUGUGGCUUGGUUAGUUUUGGUGUGUGGUUAUUUUGGGUAUGCUGUUUUGGGUGGUUGUCCUUUGACAUGGACUGGUUUCUCAAUGGAAGCAUUUUUUGGUCUUUGGGAGUUUGCCAAACUUUCUGCUGCUUCAGGAGUCAUGCUAUGUUUGGAGGUUUGGUAUGACAAAAUACUCAUGUUGAUGACCGGAAAUCUACAUAAUGCAAGGACUUUUGUGGAGGCUUUAACCAUAUGCUUGAGCAUAAAUGUAUGGGAGUUGAUGUUCCCUCUAGGAUUCCUUGCUGCAACCGGAGUAAGAGUAGCAAACGAGUUAGGAGCAGGUAAUGGUAAAGCAGCCAAAUUUGCUUCAUCAGUGGCAGUGGGGACAUCAAUUACAAUAAGUGUUUUCUUUUGGAUGUUAGUUAUGAUCUUUAGAAGUCAAUUUGGCUAUAUAUUUACUUCAAAUGAACUUGUCAUUGAAGAGGUAAAUAAGUUGUCACCUCUCUUAGGCUUUACAAUUCUUCUCAAUAGUGUUCAACCUGUUCUCUCAGGUGUGGCUAUUGGAUCUGGGUGGCAGAGAUUUGUGGCCUGUGUAGACUUGGGUUGCUACUAUCUUAUUGGGCUUCCACUUGGGUAUUUGAUGGGCUUUGUUUUUAACUAUGGAGUUGAGGGAAUAUGGGCCGGGUUAAUUUGUGGUGGGCCAGCAAUUCAAACUUUGAUAUUGGCUUGGGUUACCAUUCGUUGUGACUGGGAAGGAGAGGCCGAAAGAACAAAGAAGCAUUUGAGCAAAUGGGGAGCUGCAAAACCUGAACUAAAGUGAAUUUUUUUGCAUUGCUAGUAAAAGUAGGACAUAAGAAUAACAAAUGGGUUUAUUUGUUUUUUAUUUUUAUGUGGAUGGUAUAAGAAAAUUGAGUACCAUAGGUCUCUUUUAUUGGGGCAUGGGACAUGCAAGUCCUAAUUUGACCAAAAUUUGAUUGAACUACGAACUCAUUUUGUAAGUUAUGAUCCUUAUGAAAACCGUUAGAGAAUCCAUACAUUGAUUGUCAUUCAUAGGCUUAUGUUUGUAUGAAAAAGAAAACAAGAAUGAUCUUCAACGUUUGGAUA